GACAUACUUGCCAACGACACAUGCUCGUAAAGGACAGAUUUAUGAGAAACAUACUGUCAUAGACUUCGAUUUUCAUACCCGGUGGUAUAGGCAUAUACAUCACCAGACUAAAACGGAACAAGCUUCUACACCCGCUACUUGGCGCAGCCCUCGAUAUAUCAUCGUCGAUUCAUACAGCCAACAACCUGUUUCCCUCUCCAGCAUGUGGAUUCUUCCACUCGUCGGGUAUACAGGGGUUGUUGCAGGCUUCGCUUUCCUGACACUGGCCAUUGCUUCAGGAUUAUACUACCUCUCCGAACUAGUCGAGGAACAUACUGUCAUCGCCCGCCGAAUCCUCUCUCGACUCAUAUACAGCGUCAUCAUAAUUCAAAUCCUCCUAUGGCUCUUUGACAGUUUCCCAUUUACCCUCUCCCUCCUCUCCAUAAUCUCCCAUCUUGUUUAUGCAAGUAACCUUCGGAAAUUCCCCAUCGUGAAGCUGUCCGAUCCGCUAUUCAUUCUGUCAUGUUUACUGGUUUGUCUGAAUCAUUGGGUUUGGUUCCGCCAUUUCUCGAGACCGCCUGUUCCCUCUUCUUCCUCGCGCGAUGCGACCUCAUGGCGUCGACCGUACCAGCCGGACUAUGAGAAUAUGCCUACUUUCACUGAAGUAGCUUCUUACUUCGGACUGUGUGUGUGGCUGGUUCCAUUUGCACUGUUCGUUAGUCUGAGUGCUAGUGAUAACGUUCUUCCAAGUAUUGGAUCGGAAUAUGCCACCACGACUUCUGCUUCUACCUCCCUGCCCGAAGGUGGUAAGAUUAAGAAUGUUGGACUUGCAAAAGCGCUGGUGGAUAAUGUUAGAGAAUGGGCUUCGGAAACCGGUGAACUAUUAGGGUUUUACCAGGGAGAUCGGACAAGGAGGUUCCUGUAAUAUAGAAUAUAUCAGUGAUUUGCAAAAAUAUGAUGAACUAUUUCACGACCAAGUCACGGACCACAAUAUGGAUGAAAAUAAAGUAAUGAUUGUAUUUUUUAUCAAAUGACUCGCGCCAAAGUCAGACUGUCAACAGCACACAAGUGCUGAAAUUCAAUAGAGAAAGGGUAUAAAUAUAACAACUUAAAGCAAUCGAUAGUUAAACGCUCCGAUUUCAACGCUGAUUGAGUGCGAAGAGGGCCGAAGUAAGCCGUCAAGACCAUACAUUGUCCUUUUCUUUGCAAACAAUUGAAACAGUUGGCCUUGUUAACCAGUGAAUGAGAUCAAGCCAUGAGAAGGUAAGAAAAGGCAGAUAUUAGCAUGUCAUGUAUGAUUUCGUGACAUUCAUCACAUAAAUGGUAAAUGGUAAAUGGCGUAGAAGGUUAAGGAAUAGAUGGGAGUAUUGAGA